AUGUCGGCCACUGAAGUCCGCGUCGAUCAGUCGGGUUCGGCCAAAAUGAAGGCGGUCAACUACCAAGGCCCGUUCAAGGUCAAGGUCGAGCAGGUGCCCAAACCAGCGAUCGAACAUCCCGAUGAUGUGGUGGUCAAAGUGACAACAGCUGCCAUCUGUGGUUCGGACCUGCACAUGUAUGAAGGGCGGACCGGUGCCGAGCCUGGCAUUACCUUUGGCCAUGAGAACAUGGGUGUCGUCGAAGAAAUCGGGGCUGGUGUCACCUUGCUCAAGAAGGGGGAUCGGGUAGUCAUGCCGUUCAAUGUGGCCGAUGGCCGUUGCCGCAAUUGCGAAGAAGGAAAAACCGCCUUCUGCACCGGCGUCAACCCGGGCUUUGCGGGUGGCGCGUAUGGUUAUGUUGCCAUGGGGCCAUAUCGAGGAGGGCAAGCGCAAUACGUCCGGGUCCCAUAUGCGGAUUUCAACGCACUGAAACUACCUCCCGGCAAAGAGCACGAGAGCGACUUCAUAUUACUCGCCGACAUUUUCCCCACAGGCUGGCACGGUCUAACACUCAGCGGGUUCAAGCCGGGCGAGAGCGUUGCCGUCUGGGGCGCCGGCCCGGUCGGCUUGAUGGCCGCGUACUCAGCCGUCCUGAGAGGCGCGAGUCGGGUGUACGUGGUGGACCGGGUCCCGGAACGACUGGCGGCAGCGGAGAAGAUCGGCUGCACACCGAUCGACUUCUCCAAGGGCGAUGCGGUCGAUCAGAUCCUCAAAGCGAACGGGGAUAUGGUCGACCGCACCGUAGACGCCGUCGGCUAUCAAGCCGUCGACACCGGCGGGAAGAAGGAACAGCCCAACAUCGUGCUGGAAGACAUGAUCCGGGCCACAAGACCGGUCGGAGGGAUGGGAAUUCCCGGCCUGUAUAUUCCGUCCGAUCCUAAGGCCCCGGACGAGUCGAGUGCGAAAGGAAUGAUCAGUCUGAGCUUUGGGAAGUUGUUCGAAAAGGGUCUCUCGCUGGCCACCGGGCAGUGCAACGUCAAGCAGUACAACCGGUAUUUGAGAGACUUGAUCAUCGCCGGCAAGGCCAGGCCGUCCUUCGUGAUCAGCCAUGAGAUUGACAUCGAAGAUGCCGAGACGGCGUAUGACAAGUUCGACAAAAGGAUUGAUGGGUACACCAAGGUCUUGAUCCAUCCCAACGGCCCUUUGUAG